AUGAAGAACUCCUUUAUUACUGUUUUUGCCAUUCUAGGCUUGACGAGCGCCUUUCCUGUUGAUCAAACUCAUCAGCUCGAUGCUCGACAGCUUGUUAUCUCUGAUGAGCUCAAGCUCGGGAAAUGUGCUGGCAGUGUCUUCAUCUUUGCACGUGGCUCGACCGAAGCUGACAAUAUGGGAGCAAUCUGUGGUCCACAGACUUGCGGAGACUUGAAGGACAAUCUGGGCGGCGAUGCCAUUUGCCAGGGUAUUGGUACUGUGGAUGGCUAUGCUGGUGAUCUCGCAAGCAACUUUCUGUCCAAGAAUACGAAUGACUUGGCUAUUGCCGGCGCAGUCAAGAUGAUUAACCAGGCCGCUACGCAAUGUCCCGAAGCAAACAUCCUGCUCGGCGGGUACAGCCAAGGUACUGCGGUUAUAGACAAUGCCGUUCAAGCGCUCUCUGCAAGUGUCAAAAGCAAGGUCAAGGGUGUAGUGCUCUUUGGAUUCACCCGCAAUGCCCAAGACCGCGGCCGUAUCCCUGGCUACGACACUUCGAGGACAAAGGUUUUCUGUGCUUUGGGCGACUUGGUCUGUGACAAUACGCUUGUCAUCACUGCGGCGCACCUCACUUAUGGCGCUGACGCGUCGGCAGCCGCCAGGUUCUUGGCUGGCACUACGAAGUAG